AUAUCUGGUUUUUACGUGUUCCAACGUUAAAAAGGGCGGGAGACUUUGUUUGUUGUUUCGUGAUUUUGGUUUUGAAGGUGUGCAGAGUGUUACAAUUUCGAACAUCAGACGGGAGAGAAUUUCAGCGUCAAGCAUAAAUAGCCGUUAUCGUUAAAUUAAUUGUUCCGAGUAAUAUGACGUCAAAUGUUAGAAAUGACGUAUCAAAAUGGCGGCGCCCGUAUUUUCACAUGACAGUUUGUAAACAGAAGAAAAUUUCAAGAAAUGGAUACGUUCGAGGAGCUAAAUGAUCUUCUGUCAUGCUUUGGAUUGACAGACCAAACUGACAUUGGCCGUUCUGCAGCAACUUAUGAUACUGAUACUGAUAUUGAGGAGGUGCAAGAUGUUAGCAUUGAAUCCCGUCUUCAAAGAUAUUACACAGCUACCCCCCUUGCAGAGGAUUACGGUAAUGAAUCAGAAACUCAAGUUAAUGAAGACACUAAUGUAAAUAGUGAAGAUCCACAGUGUGAUAUUAACAAUGUGAAAACCAUUUAUGACAGUGGAUGCAAAUGUACAAAAAACUGCUUCAGUAAUUUCACUUUUUCUCAGCUUGAAUCAAACAUUCUUAAUAUGUAA